CGAAUCAAAGCUCGCUAUUUGAAACGAGGCUGUCUUAGCGGCAAAGUUGAGCUUCGUUUUUGGCGGUCGAAAUUUUGUUUUUCUCGUCAAUGAAUUUCUACCGAGUUUUGCGAAAUUCCGAGUGAUUUCUGACGCCGUUUUCUCACAUAUCGUGGCCCAAGCAGUAGGGAUCAGCAUGGGCGAUAAGGAACGCAGUGCUCUGCGUCCUCUACACAACACAGCCGACGCGAUGGGAGACAGAAGUCAGCUUACAAAAAAGAUGUUUGCCUGGCAUAAAGACCCGAGAGUUGGACGACGUACUGGUAUAGUGAUGAAGAAAGAUAUGAAGAAAGAUGCUGAUGGCUUUGAGCUGAUCAGUGAGUACUUCUCGGACACAGAGAGUGAGGAGAGUUCAGUCCUCACUGAACCCUCCACCAAGAAGCAACCCAAACCAAAGAAGGACAUCAGGCCAAGGAGGAUGUCAUCGUUCUCGCCCAUCAGGCCAGACUCUGACCUGUCCAGGACCUCUGUCAGUCCUGAUAAGAACCCUGCUCCUGUGGAGAACCCUGGACCAGCUGCUGAAGGCAGCCCUACCCCUGGUGCCAGCCCCACCCCUGGUGCCAGCCCCACUGUUGACAGUCCUACCCCUACGGCCAGUCCUCCUGUUGUUGAGAACCCCACCUCUGCUGACAGCCCUACCCCUACAAAGUCGGCUGCAAGCCCUACCCAGGAAGAUGGUACAAGCGCCACACCAGAAAUCCAGUCAGCGGCCAACGUGUCAGGAGGCCCUGAAGCAAGUCCUGGAUUGGACGCAGAACGCAACCAAUCAGCACAGGACGUGGACGUGUCAAGUAUGAACUUCACGGCCGACGACUCAGGCUCCAUCAGUAAGAUCAGCAGCCAGGACCCGCGGACAGCUGUCAAACCAGUGGCAGCUCUAAAGAAAAGACUAACGUUUGGAGGAGCAUCAUCUGAUUCACCUGACACUACAGCCGAGAAAGAGGCAUCAGUCUCUUCCCGCGAGAAAACGUCCAGCGACAAGGAAGCGACAGGAAACGCGACAGAAGCUGAUGUUUCUGAAAAGCCGACCAAGCAGGCCAAACGCAAAAGUCAGAGGCAGGAGAGGGCCAAGGCAGCGAAACCAUCAGAAACUACAGAGGAAGAGGAAACACUGGGCAGACGUGGAGCAAGACAACAGAAGGCAGUUGUGACUGAAGCGACAGAGAACAGCCGCAAAGACCAGAGGGGUGGGCCAGAAAGGGCAACACAGCAAGAGGAAGAAGAUUCUUCAAGAGCCAGCAAGAAGCAGAAAGAUCAGGACAAAACAGCCCCAAAGAAGGUGCCUGGAGUUAAGAAGCAGCCAUUGGUGGUCGAGAUGGUCGACUCAGAUGAUGAAGAUGAUGAUGAUCUUUUCUGUAUGAAGAGAUUUAGAGUAAAUCUGACCAACAGGCAGACCACCAGUACUGAGAGCCAGGCCACUAAUAAAGAGCCUAAUGCAGACCAGAUAAAACCCAAGAACACAAGUCAGCAGCCUGCAAAGAACGCAAAAGGAGACGGCCAAAAUGAUAAGACGGCUAAGAACAAGAAAAAAGGGCGACCAAGAAAGAGCGCUGGAAAGAAGAACAAGGAAGUGGACUCUGAAACCCAGCCAGAAAGUAUGAAUGGCUCAAAGCAGAGUGCAAAGGACUUGGAGAUGAGACAAGAACAACCAGAAACUAGGCUGGACACAGUGGUGGAUGAUGUACAGAGGGAAGUACCAAGUGUGGAACUUGAAGUACAGCACGAGGCUGAUGGUGACAGUUUCAACCACAGUGGGCUUCAGGAUUCGGUGCUACCCUCAGAUAGAGAAGAGGCAGAAGAUGAAGAAAUUCCUGUCCAGCCGUCCCCGAAGCUGCUAACCAAGACCAGGUCUCAAAAGCGAGGGACGUCGUCAGAAACGGCACAGGUUCAGAAAAAGUUCAAGCCUCAACCCAAGGAGAGGUCGAAUGCCAGAGGGCGAAGGUCAGGGGGUCAGAGGUCACGGUCUAGUCAAGACAGCUCAGUAAGUGAUGGGGAGGUUCAGAAGAAGAGGAGAGGGCAAGCAAGGAAAGAUCUGUCCUCACAGUUCUUGGAUGAAAGCAGUGAGGUCCAGUUGGAAGCAAACUCAACCGCAGAAAGUCAUCAAGAAAACACAGAACCUAAGAGAAGGAGGGCCAGCAAGGCCAAAGAAAGUCGCUCAGCUCCCAAGAAGCCAGGGAAGCAAAGACAGGAAGCCAGUAGUCCUGUGGAGAAGGGCCCUGACAACAGUCUAACUGCUGUGGAGGAGGAUGUACCAGUGUUUGAUCUGAGUUCUCAAACAGCACAAGAGAGCUCGACAAGUGAUGGUGAAGUGCGUAGGAGGAAGAGAGGGCGUCCCCGGAAGGCACCCCAAACUGCCCAGUCUUCUAAUGAAAGUAGAGAGAUUCAGUCAGAGGCCAACGUGUCAGCAGGCCCUGAAGAAAACACAGAACCGAAGAAGAAGAGAGCCAAGAAAAAUGGCAAGAGGCCGGGGAAACAAAGACAGCCAGCUAGUUCUACAGAGGACAACUCUGACAAAACACUGUCAAGUGGUGAUGAUCUCCCUGUAUCAGCGACACCGUUGCGUUCGAUCUUGAAGGGAGGUAAGAACCACACACCACGGUCCUCGACUUCCACGCUGCCGCGGGCCUCCGUCACGUCUCCUAAACACUACGCCAACGUCACGCAGUCAAAGUCGGCUUCAAAGAAGGGCCCAGCAGAUAGUGCCAGACAGGCACACAUCAUUGCACCGCGUAAGGACAAAACCCCAGGAGUGCGUAGAUCGUGCAGGAACCGCGCCCGUCCCGUGGCGUGGUGGGCGCAGGAGCGCGUGGUGUACGAGAGGAGGGACUCUGGUAGAGUCAUGGUGGACGUCAAGAGGCCAGAGGCCAAGGACUACGGAACCAGACCCAGGAAGACGCAAAUAACUAAAGGGAAGAGUAGACCCAGAAAAGUAGGAGCUACGAAGACACAGCAGCCCCUCCAACAGGAGUCUGUACCUGACAUAUCUACCCACACAGACGUACCCAGGGACUGGGAGGAUGUGGAAAACCCUGUCAUUCCUGUAGUCAACCCUGCUACCAAGGAGGAGGUACUCAUCGAUUGCGUGAAAACGACCAGCAUGUUUGACUUCCGCGGGCCGCAGGGAAGGGCAGCGACGGAGGAGGACGGCAUCAAAGUCUGCAAGGCCCUGCGCCAGCCUCAGUUUGGGCUGGGACAGAUCAUCCUGGAGCCGCGCCAGGAAAAGGGUACACAGUUUGUCAGGAACGACACACUGGCCUAUGUUGUGAUGGAGGGGAAACUGGCAGUGACGAUCCACCGCUCCACGAUGAAACUACAGACAGGAGACAUGUUCCUCAUCCCGGCCGGAAACACGUACAACAUACGGAACCUCCGCAACGACCGCGCUCGCCUCAGCUUCUGUCAGAUCAAACCCUCGCAGCAGUGAAACUGUUGUUCUAUCGCAGGGGUCGAAAGUCCUUGAUUUAAUUAGGUGCACUGGUGCACCUAAGGCCACGCCAAUUUAAUUUCUUGGUUAACAGGUUUUCUAGAAAAAUAAUGGAGCGGG